UUUUAGUGAUAUUUUUGCAAAACAAAAUUAAAAAAGUGUUCUUUUUCCACAAAAAAAACUUUCAUUAAUUUCUUUAAAGCACCUUCCUUGAAGUUAGUUUACUACCCGCCAUAUUCAGUUAAUGGGAAUUUACUCUUUGGUUGAGAGACUCACCAACUUUGAAAAUUCAAACUUCAAACCUUUUGUAUAUGUGUAUAUGUAUAUAUAUGUGUGUUAUUACUUAUUAUUAUAUCUCAUCAUAUCUUUGUGUGCUUGGUUACUUGUUGACUCUCUCUCUCUCUCUCUCUCUCUCUCUCUCUCUCUCUCUCUCUCUCUCUCUCUCUAUUUAUCUAAUUUUGUUAAGAGAGGAGUAUAGUUCUUCAAAGUUCAAACCUUUGGAGUUUGGAUAUUUUCUGGUUAAUUAAUGGGUCUAUCCCUUUCAGUACUGAUAUCACCAUGGAGUGAAAUCUUAAAGAAUGAGUUUUUUGGUUUGAAAGACACAUUUGGAACAAUCAUAGUGAAAGAAAAUUCAGAGACUUUAAUGAGAAAGAAGAGCUUAGAAAGAUCACCAAGUCUUAAAACUAAAACAAAGGUUGAAAUGGUUGAUAAACUUGACAGAUUGGUGAUUGAAAAAACCAAUCAAAAACAGAUUGAAAAGCCCAAGAUUUUGGUGCCACAACAGACAGAUUUUGUGUUCUCAAGUCCAAGACCAGUUAGUGAGCUUGAUGCUGCUGCAACUAAGGUUCAGAAAGUUUACAAGAGUUAUAGGACUAGAAGAAAUCUUGCUGAUUGUGCGGUUGUGGUUGAAGAACUCUGGUGGAAAGCUUUGGAUUUUGCAGCACUUAAAAGAAGUUCAGUGUCUUUUUUCAACAUUGAGAAACCAGAGACAGCCAUUUCUAGAUGGGCACGAGCCAGGACUAGAGCUGCAAAGGUUGGGAAAGGCUUAUCUAAAGAUGAGAAAGCUCAAAAACUAGCUUUACAACACUGGCUUGAAGCUAUUGAUCCACGUCAUCGGUACGGACACAAUCUUCAUUUCUACUAUGAUAUUUGGUCAGAUAGCAAGAGCACACAACCAUUCUUUUACUGGUUGGAUGUUGGUGAUGGAAAAGAAUUGAUUGUAAAGAAAUGUCCAAGAACUAUUCUACAACAACAAUGCAUAAGAUAUCUUGGACCGAUGGAGAGAGAGGCUUAUGAAGUGAUUGUGGAAAGUGGGAAACUUGUGCAUAAGCAAAGUGGUUUACUAAUAAACACAAUUGAAGGGUCAAAGUGGAUAUUUGUGCUAAGCACAACAAGAAAUUUGUAUGUUGGUCAAAAGAAGAAAGGUGUUUUUCAACACUCAAGUUUUCUAUCUGGUGCUGCUACAACUGCAGCUGGUAGAUUAGUUGCCCAUCAUGGUGUUCUAGAGGCUAUAUGGCCAUAUAGUGGUCACUAUCUCCCAACAGAAGACAACUUUAGAGAAUUCAUUAUGUUCCUUCAAGAACACCAAGUUGACCUUACCAAUGUCAAGAGAUAUUCAAUAGAUAGUAGUGACGGAACUUCAUUCAAAGAAGUCAGUAUCGAAGAAGAGACUAAGACUGAAGAAAUCAAGGUAUCUUUAGAUAUUAAUGUCGUUAACAGUACUGUUGUCAUCGAGCAAGAACCGAAUGCUGCAACAACAACCAAUGCCAUCAAUAGCGGAGUUCCGCCGAUGUUUGACAUGGCGAAACGUUUGUCGUGCAAAUGGACAAGCGGGGUUGGUCCACGUAUUGGGUGUGUUAGGGACUAUCCUCAAGAGCUACAAUCAAGAGCAUUGGAACAAGUCAACUUAUCCCCAAAAGUCAACCAUGGUGGUUAUGGUAGUAUUCCUAUUCCUUCUCCAAGGCCCAGCCCAAAGAUUCGAGUCUCACCAAGGCUUUCUUAUAUGGGCCUUCCAAGCCCAAGAGUGACAGGCCUUCCAAGCCCAAGAGUGAUGGGCCUUCCAAGCCCAAGAGUGUUGCCACCUGCCACUCCUGUUACCAAUUAGUAAUGAAAAAGGAAAAAAGUACUCAAUAAUUGGACACUUCUUCUGUCCUUUUUUCCUUAGGUUUUUACUUGAGCUUUUUAAAUUUAGUUUAUUAUCUAAUUCUUUAAUUUGUUUACUUAUUUAGUUUUGCACUAUUUGGUUCUUCACUUUGCAAGUUGUAAAUAUGUAAUUUCAUAUUGGAAUAAAUUUUUUCUUAAAAAAAAA